AUGCGUGUAUCUAGUGGGGUUCCUUCCGACCAACCAAUGCUAAAACAGCAGAGGAGAGAGGGGAGUAAAUCAAGACAAAAGCUUCUUUUGGAUGAGGAAAUGUUUCCCGUUUAUACUACCUACUAUAUACGUCUAACACUAGCUACUAGCUGUGCAAUUUCCGGAACGGGGGUAAUUAGUAGAUAUAGUUAUUAUACGAUAGUGGAAUAUGAACUAUCGCAGAGAAUUUCCUAUCCUGUCAACUCCAACAAAAACAUCUCUAUCGCGUCGCCGAUAUUUUCCCCUUUUACUCUCGGCGCGAAUCUUAAGCAAUUAAUUACAUCCCGUAUCAUGGAAUCCUCCACGCUGCACGUUCUUCACGCCCUGCACGCUCUGGCCCAGGCGUCUUCCAUCGCCGACUAUGUCGCCCUCACCAUCAUCGCCCUCGCCGCCGCGACCUCUCUCACCCACGGCAUCGUCUGGGACCGCCCCGAUCCCUACCGCCAUCUCAUGUUCGAGCGGCCGCAACUCAAACACGGCGUCCAGACAUCCAGCCGCAAAGAAACGAGGAACAUCGCGCAGAAACUGGCCGACUCGGGGAGGAAAAUCGUCGUCUUUUGGGGCUCGCAGUCCGGCACGGCGGAGGGAUUCGCCCAUCGUCUGGCGAGGGAACUGCCCAGUCGGUUCGGCGAUGAGGCCAGUGCCAUGGCGGCCGAUCUAUCGGAUUACGAUCCAGAAACCAUUGCCCUGAUCCCUAACACCGCGCUGGCCAUCUUCCUCCUCUCGACCUACGGCGAGGGCGAUCCGAGUGACAACACGUGGGACUUCUGGGAUUGGAUCACCAAGGACAAGGACGACACCAAAGGCAUCUCGCUGUCGAACCUCCGAUACUGCGCCUUCGGCCUCGGGAACAGCAACUACAAGCACUACAACCGCGUCGUCGACAUCGUGACGGCCGCGCUGGACCGACUCGGGGCGCAGUCGCUCAUGCCUGUCGGCAAGGCUGACGACGCAGAGGGCGGCACGCGCGAGGACUUCCUCGCUUGGAAGGACGAGCUGUUCCAGAUGCUGGUCGAGAAGCUCGGCUUCGAAGCUAAGGCGCAGGCUAGCUAUACGCCUGCGUUGUUGGUCCAGGAGGAUGAGUCGCUUCAGCAGGUCGAUCUCCAUCGCGGAGAGCCUGAGGAUAUCAUCAACAGCAACAACCGCCAGUCCGCCGCGAACUACUCCCCCGUCAAGUGCCUGACCGUCACCUCCGCCAGACAGCUGUUCAACUCGUCUGACCGGCACUGUCUGCACAUCGAGCUCGACCUGACCGACCAUCCGCAGCUGACCUACAAGACAGGCGACCACCUGGCCAUCUGGCCGAGCAACCCCGACGGCGAAGUAGACCGUCUGCUUGACGUGUUAGGGCUGUCGCAACGACGCAACGUCCCGAUCCAUAUCAAGUCGCUGGGUCGGGCGGCCACAACGACGAGACUCCCGAUUCCGACGCCGACCACUGUCGAGGCCGUCUUCCGCUACUAUCUCGAGAUCUGCGCGCCCGUCAGCCGCGACCACAUCCUGGAGCUGGCGCAGUUUGCGCCCACGGCACAGGCAAACGCCUAUCUCCUCCAGAUCGGGCAGCACAAGCAGGCGUAUGCGGAGUUGAUCAGCCGGACGCGUGUCAUCAACCUAGGUCGUCUGCUGCAGCUGGCGUGUCCCGGCGAGACGUGGUCUGCUCUGCCGCUGUCCUAUCUCAUCGAGACGCUGCCACGCCUGCAGCCGCGGUACUACUCCAUCUCGUCCAGCAGCGUCGUGUCUCCGCGCCAGGCGUCCAUCACCGUGCUCGUGCCGGACGCCCACGGCCUCGCAUCCAACUACCUCCUCGCGCUCGCCCAGCAUCUCGAGUCCAAGCCGUACCCGCACGGCCUGACCUACCAGCUCAACGGCCCCGGCGACGCGCUGCAGCCAGGCAACAAGGUGUUUGCGCAUCUGCGACGGAGCAAGUUCAAGCUCCCUGCGCGCGGCAGCAGUCCGCUGGUCAUGGUCGCCGCAGGGACGGGGCUGGCGCCGUUCCGCGCAUUCCUGGCCGAGCGGUGCCGGCUGAAGGCCAUCGGGCGACCGGUCGGGGAGAUGAUGCUGUUCUUCGGCUGCCGGAGGCCGGACGAGGACUACAUCUACCGCGAGGAGCUGGAGGCGAUGCAGACGGCGCUGGACGGGCAGCUGCGCGUGGUGACGGCGUUUUCGCGGGAGACGGGCCAGCCGCGGCGGUACGUGCAGGACCGGAUUGUCGAGUACGCGGAGGACGUGAUCCGGCUGGUGGAGGAUGAGGGCGCGAAUGUGUACGUCUGCGGGAGAGCGGGCAUGGCGCGCGAGGUGGAGAGGGCUGUGGGCGAAAUGUUGAAGAAGGUGAAGGGAUGGAGCGAUGCGGAGGUUGACGAGUGGACCAGAGCUGCGAAGAGGAGGCUGAAGUGGCAGGAGGAUGUAUGGGGAUAG